AUUCACACAGAGAUCAUUCAGCAUAAAGAAGACGAUGAAGAUCCUCCUCAUCUUCUUCACUUUCUACCUGAUCUCAGGUGCCGUGAGCGACGUUGAUGUGACGGGACAUUCACAAGGAAGUGUUCUCGUUGAUUCUGGGAAACCUUGGUUCAGCGACUCCUUUAAAUACAUAUUUAAAACUUCUGAGCUUAGAGUAAUUAUGAUUGAUAAGAAACAUGAACGAUGGAUUGACGAAGGACGAAUCACGUUGUUUAAAAACAAUGAAGACAAACUCAUGAUCUACAUCAGAGAUUUAAAUCUGAACGAUGCUGGAAAAUACGAUAUUACGGUUAGAGACAAAUGGUCCAUCAAUUUGAAUUUGUAUGUAUUAAAAGAAGAAAUGUGUUGCAAAAUGCCAAAGAGAGUGAUGGUGAAUGUUGGAGAAACUGCCUCCAUCAGCGGUGAAUAUUCACACAGUUAUAAUAAUGAUCUUAAAAUCGUAUUUAAAAAAGGAAGAGAAAACAUUGACGCAGUGUACAGCAGAUGGAAUAAGAAAGAAAGAUUCAGUAUUUCUGAUGACAGACAUAAAAACGUCUUCAGUGUGAAGAUCACUGCUGUGACUCCAGAUGAUGGAGGAGUUUAUUUCUGUGGAGUUUGGAUCAACAGACACUCGUACAGUUACUCUGUUAUUAAUACGGUUGACCUGUAUAUUACGGCUAAAGUGGGAGUGUCUAGAGCCAUCGGCUACUCAGGAAGUGGUCUGAUGAUGAAGUGUGAACAUCCUCAAUACAAAACCAGACCAAAAUACAUCUGUAAAGAAUCAGACGGAUGUUCAGAGAAGAAGGAUCUUCAGAUGUCAUUCGAAAUCGUGAAACAGUUGACAUGGAAAAACACUUGGGAUGAAUGGAAGACGAAUGGAGAAGUUUCUUUAUACGACGACACCAGAGCAGGAGUCUUGAUGGUGUUUUUUAGAGAACUGAAAGCUACAGAUGAAGGAACAUACAGGUGUGGAGUGAAAGUAUCUUACUUUAAUGAGAUCUUCACUGAGCUUCAGCUGAGACUCAGACACGAUGAAAAAUAUCCAGUGGCUGUGACUAAAACAGCUUAUCCUGGAGAAGUCAUCUUCAGCUGUCAGAUCCCAGAGCAACAGAGACUUUAUUUGUGUAAAGAGGAUGAUGAUCAGAUCUGUCAGAACAUCAGCUCAUCUAAAGUCACACACAUGAGUGGUUCUUCUGAGAGAAAUGAAGAGAGAGUUUUUACGGUGAGCAUCAGUAAUGUGAGCGUGAGAGAUGCUGGAGUCUACUGGUGUGGAGCAGAAACCAGAGACACUUAUUUGACUUUCAUCUCCCUGACCACCAAAAUUCAGCUCAACCUCAUCAUGCCUCCAGUAGUGAGACGUGAAGGAGAAUCUGCUGAGAUCAUCUGCCCUUAUGAUUCAAUCUAUAAAUCAAAGCCAAAGUCUCUCUGUAAGGGGAAGUGCUCCACUAGAGACAGAAAUGAGAACGAGACCAAGACUGACAGACUGACUCUGAAAGAUGACGUCUCUACAAGUGUCUUCACUGGGACCAUCACUGGACUCACAGCAGAGGAUGCUGGGAAAUACUGGUGUGCAGUGACAUCAGAAACAGAGCUCAAUUAUCUUUACACUCAUCUGAUGGUCAUCGUGAACGAGGAGCUGAACUUGACUAAGUACGAAGGAGACGACGUGUCGAUCCAGUGCAAACAUCACGAUGAAGAGCAGAAGAUCUUCUGCAAAGCACACCAAGCCUCCGUGUGUGUGAAGGAUGGAGUUUCGUUGGAGACCGUCAGAGAUGAUCGAUUCUCUUUCAGUGAUGAAGCAUCUGCUGGAGUCUUUACUGUGAACAUCACUGAUCUGAGAGAAGAGGAUUCUGGGAUAUACUGGUGUGGAGCUCACGUCAUCACUGAAGUGACUCUCACUGUUAAAAAGGAUUUCUCCCUGAUCAUCAUUAUCAGUGUGUGUGUGAUUCUGCUGCUGAUCUCUGGAUUCUCUCUGACUGUGUGGAGAUUAAGACACGAGAGACGAGGUGACACUCAUUUACCCACAAUCCCCUCUGAUGGGCUCCUGUACGCUGCUGUCAGUUUCCAGAAACGUCCAGAGUCUCUCAGUGAUAUUACAGUCAGAUUCAGUAAGAACGAGAUUCACUCUGAUUACGCCGCGGUCAGUUACCACAUGACAACUAACUAAUAAUAGAUUAUACACAUAUUACCAUCAUUUUACAUUUUAAUAGUUAUUAUAAAAAAAUUGAUUUAUGAAAACCUCUUUUAUUGCCACUCUUUAAACACACAAAAGCUCACCUGUUAUAAUGAGACACAUGAACCUGUUCAGAGCUUUUAACCCUUUAACCUUCACUCCCAGAAGGAGCUAAUAAAAAUAUUUUACUUAAAAUUCUUAGUUUUUUUAUGAAACUCUCCCGUACGGUUGAGAUGUCGGUCCAUGAUAAACUCAGAGAACUAUUUCAUGAGUUACCUUGCAAUGAUGUGCAUUACUUCAACUUUAUUGGUAUUUUGGACACAUUUCUCAACCUUCAGGGUCCACAAAGAUUAAAGAAAAAUUAUAUUUAAGUGCCUGUAAAUCGGCUUAAUAAAUGCAUGCCUAUGGCAAUAUCCAUACUAUAAUAUGUUUUUUAUUCAGAUAGUAUAUUUCUGUUCUCUAACCCCGUCCCUAUUCAAAACAACAUUAUGGUUUCAAGCCUACUUCCUUGAUUGCUUGUUUGAGCCUAUUAUCUUAUUUUCAGUCACACAGAAAGUGUGUAAAGGUUUUCAUUUGAAAACUGGAGAUACUCAAAAGACAGAGAGAUAGAGCAGUACAGCUGUGAAAAAGCUCUCUCUCAUCUCUUCCUUUUCAUAGAUGUAAUCUUCAUCAAAGUAAUGCCAACCAAACGAUAGCGAUAUCAGUUUAAAGGGUUAAAUGUUUGCUUUCUUGUUCUCAUCUCUGACUUUUGAUCUUUGUACAUUUACAAUCCUUAGCAUUCAUUCAUUCAAACAUUUUUUGUCUUACUUUUUUUUAAUCAACGAUACUUUUGCUAAUUUGGAAAGCUAAAUCUAAAUGAUAAACUUUAAUCAUUUUUAUGUAGAAGUAUAACAAUCAUGUCAUUUAAAACGGCUGCCAUUUUUUAAUGUGUGACUUGUCAUAACAUGAUUUUCAAGCAAACUUGAAGCAACAUUUUCAUAAUUGUCGCAAGGUUUCUGAUGAAUGCUGCGGGUGUUUUUGUGUUGAGGCAUGAUGAACACGCAGGUUUUUCCGUCCAGCUCAAAACCACAGAAAACUGGUUAAGGUUGAGGGUCUAAAUUUAGUCUGAGUGUAAAGAUUAAACAGAAGCGUUCAGGAAACGUGCAGAGAACGCAUGAGACUGAACAGAGAGAAGAUGAAUAUCAUUGUGAGAAAAAGACAAUAAGGAUUAAGAUCUGCUCGCUCUGUAACGCAGCAUUUACUGAAAGAAAGGAAUCAAACUAAAAAUGUUUAUCAUCAACGAAGCAUGUGAAAUGUUACUAUUCAGAUC